UUGGUAAUAAAGUUUUUAUUACGGGGGUGAUUUGUGUAGGUAUAUUUUCUAUGUGUUUGUAUUCGUGUAACUUGCACUGUACUACUGUAAUCGUGUAACUCGUGUAGUAUAUUAGUGUGGAAAACAGAUGUGCCCAACUCCAACAUGACCAUAAACCGAGUGAUAUCAGUUUCAAGUGAUUUAAGAAUAAUUGCAAAAAAACAUUUAUCAUAAAAAUCAGUUUGUUUACACGAGGAUAACAAAUUUCAAGCAUAAUGGAAGAAGCUGAGAAAAAUGGCAAUUAUCAAGUUCAAAUGUCUACAUCGACAUCGAAUGCCAUUAUUAAUAAAGAUACUCAAUUCCAAAAGGAGGAAACGUUACUUGAUCAUAUGGAAAUGACAAUAGUUGAAGCAGAGAAAAGAGCAAAUGGAGCCUUAAAUUUAAAAGAGUUUUACACUGUAUAUCUUAUAAAAACAAAAGUCAUAAAUCCUGAGUUUUCUGGAGCUUUAACAAAUACAAGCUCCUUGUGGCGUCGUUACACUGAAUUUUUAAGUUUACGAACUUAUUUAGAAGUAGCAUAUCCUUACGUAGUAUUACCAUCAUUACCCGAGAAAAAAGUUAUGUAUGCUUGGCAAAAAGUAACUACAGAUACUUUUGAUCCCGAUUUCAUUGAUCGACGACGAGCUGGAUUAGAAAACUUCUUACUUAGCGUAGCAUCUCAUCCAAUUUUAUCGUUUGAUAAGCAAUUCAUGGGAUUCUUACAACAAAAAGAUGGAUGGAGGGAAACUAUGAAAGAAAGGGGUUAUUUACAAUUAGCUGAGACUAAAUUAAAAGCGUUGAGUGUCUCAGUUCGUCUUCGUAAACCAGAUAAACGUUUUGAAGCAGUUAAAAAUUAUGGAAUGGAUUUACAUAAUAAUUUGUCUAAUUUACUUCGUACUCGUGCUAUACUUGCCGAAAAACAGUAUAGUUUCUAUAAGCUGCAUGCAAAUUAUGGUCGAGUUUUUAGUGAAUGGAGUGCCAUAGAAAGAGAAAUGGGAGAUGGUCUACAAAAGUCUGGCCAUUACUUGGAUUCAUUAGCUGCCACGAUUGAUACGACUUUAGAGGAAGAAGAGUUAAUAGCAGAUCAGUUAAAAGAAUGGCUGUUUGGAGCAUCCUCGUUGCAGGCCGUAACUAGACGCCAAGAAGCAUUGCAACUCAAUAAAGAAGAAGCCUCUGACAACCUGGUUGCUUUAUAUGAUCAAAAGGAAAAAGUCGUACAAGGAAAAUUCAGUCUUAUGUCAAGGUUAUUUGGAGCAGUAGAUUCUGAAGAAGUUCGUGAACUAAAAAUAAAUCAAUUAGAACAAAAAAUCAGCCACAGUGAGGAAUUAGUAAGACAAAAUGAUUAUGACUUAUCGUUGUUUUCUGAGAAAGCCAUGAAAGACAUUGAAAGAUUUCAAAUGCAGAAAGGAAGUGCUCUUCGGGAAACACUAGCAGCUUACAUUGUUCUUCAUUAUAAGUUAUCUCGAAAGGGUCUUCAGUCUUGGCAAAAUAUUAAAGAAUGUUUACAAAGCAUGCCAUAGUUUUGUUAAUACAAAUGACACCUUUUUACGAAAGAUUGUUGAUAAAACAUUAUAAACUGUUGCAUUACUCUUUGUUUAAAACAAAUUAACUUUAAAAAUAA